AUGUCAGCGUCAACUGCAAAUGUUGUUGCGGAAACAGUAACUAAAUUACCCUUGAUGAAACGUAUUGUUAACAAAAUUACUGAGUAUGGUAAACAGUUAAAGAACGAUUACAAAGGAUCUUUUGAAGAUGCAAUUGCUGAUUCAAAAGCUAAACCACACAAAGCUCUAACAUUACUAGGUGUUUCUUCAUUAGCAACUUAUGCUUUUGUAACAAAUCCAUCAAAAGUUGAUUUUAGAAAUAUAAUGGCAGAAAAACGGAUAAAAAUGGCCUCUAUUCCACCAUCAAUACAUAAUCCGGUUACUGUUAACGCAAUAAAUGAAAGAGAAAAAUUAUGGAUUCAGAAUCGUUUACACUUUUUAGAUUGUAUACUAUUUACGCUAGUUAUUAGAAAAGAUUUCGAUUCAACAUUACGUUCAGCAAAAAGUCAAGAUUCAAAUUUAAAAGAUUGGUAUUGGAACGAAAUUUUUAACAAUAUUAUUGAUGUUGGAGCUUUCAAAAGAUUUUUUUACUUAGAAAAAGCCAUGGAAAAUUGUGAUGUUGCUGAUGUAUAA